ACUUUGACCCCCCUUUCCCGGGGGCGUCUCUAGAGUCCGACCACCUGGGAGAGGCUGUAUAUUACGGCACAGGGCCUGCCGAUGCCCCCAACCCUGCGCCUACUUAUCCGGAAUUCGACCCUUACUCUCCCGCCGGUGAUUCCAUCCCUGGUGCACCCGUGUUUUCAGCGGCUUUCUCCCCAGUCAGCCACGUCUUGGACAACUAGGUUCAUUUAAACACGAGCAGCACCAUGGAUGGAAGCCCCACGGAGAGCGGCGACAACCAGAUUCCCAUCAGUCCCUCGCUUCCGUACGACUUUUUACAUGUCCAGUUCCAGCAGGCCCCUCCCGGUGGCGUUGGCACCACCGGCUCCUAUGGCACUGCGGCCUCUUCGUCCUUCGCUUCCAGCCCCGAGAUCAUGACACCGGCGGCUUCGGAUUGUUCCGUUUCCUUCGUCACUCCUUUGAGCCCCACGAUUUCUGUCGAGAACGCACGAUCAACACCAGAGAUAGCACAUUCCGACCAGGAGAGCGACUCCUCCUCGACCGGCAGCCGCGGGCCGUUCCGGUGCACCGACCCGAAGUGCACGAGCAAGAAGAAGGUUUUCAAGCUCAAGUGCCAACUCCGCAAACACGCCAACAACCACACCCGCCCCAAAAAGUGCGACUACUGCGACUUCCGCGGCGGCGCCGAGCGCAAGGACCUCGCCCGCCACUUGCGCACCUGUCAUUCCGACAUCCCGCAGGUGCGGGGCGACCGCGCCCUCUGGAAGGAGGUCGCCCCCUGUGCGCGCUGCGGCCGCGAGAUGCGCGCGGAUAACCUCAAGAGGUCGGGCUGUCUCUGUGUGUUGGUUUCGGUGGGGGGUUUCUCUUGUUUGUACUCUGGAUUUGUUUUGGGCGCACUCAUUAACUUGGACUCAAGUAGGUUUCUUGAAAUGGUCGUGGGAGCUCAUCAAUUUACGCCGGUUGUCAUGCUUUGUCCUGGGCCUUGAUAGUGCUUCCCCCCCCCCCCGCUUGUUGAUUUGACAGCACAUUUUCCAAACUUGUCACACUG